UGAGUGUGAUCAAUGAGUGUGUGUGACUAGAGAGUGUGUGUGUCAGUGAGUGAAUAAGUGUGUCAGUGAGCUCUGGGCUCGAGUGAAGUGAUUCGCCAAUGAUUGAGUAGUAGGCUGUAUGUUUUGGUUGGAGGUGGGUGCUUAUCAGUUGAUGUGAGCAGGGCUAAGUGUUAUCAUUAAGUAUUGGGCUGUCACUGUGAGCAGGUUGAGAAUAAAUGUUGUGAAAAUAAAAGCUGAAAGCUGUUGGUAUGAUGGGACUGAAAUUAUAUUAGGUGGUGCGGAUGUGAGCAGAAACAAUGUGUAUCUAAGUAAUAAUGAGUGUGUGCAUAGUAUGCACUGCCCUCCUAUGCUGGAUUUGGAUCAGACACAGUGUCUGCCUCACCCAAUCCAGUUGGUACAAGCCUGCAACUUACCCAGUGUGCCACGCCUCACAUCACAACAUGGGAAACCGACCAAUGAUUCACGUCAAGGCACGAAGCUCCCCCUAUCCAGGGUCUCAGGUCCAGCGCUUCACUGUUCCUGACAGCUAUGUCAGCUGGAGCUUGGCAUGGCCAGAAUAUGAGCCAGUGGAUUACACAGCAGGCAGUGUCCAGGCUAGCCCUGAGUGGGCAGAUCCUGACUUCAGGAAGACAGGACAAUCAGAACAUGGUCCAAAAUUCAAUGCUCUGGAUGGUAAAAUCGAUCGGAGGAGUUAUCUGGGGUGCUAUGAACUAGAUGAAGAUAAGCUGCCUCAGAAUCCAAUGGGAAGAACGGGAAUCACUUCUCGAGGAUUGUUGGGAAAAUGGGGACCAAACCAUGCUGCUGAUCCCAUUGUCACACGAUGGAAGAGAGAGGCAGGAGAGAAGGUGAUUCAUGAGCAAUCCGGCAAACCUAUCCUGCAGUUUGUUACAAUAAAACGAAAGGAUUGUGGAGAAUGGGCAAUUCCUGGGGGCAUGGUAGAUGAUGGGGAGCUUGUGUCAGUGACCCUGAAACGUGAGUUUGGGGAAGAAGCUCUUGAUUCUCUGGCUGCCUCCACGUCUGAGAAGAAUCGCUUGAGGAGACUGUUCCAAAGUAUUUUCAGUAAAGAGAAUUCCAAGGAAGUGUAUGCAGGAUACGUGGAUGAUCCUCGAAACACUGACAAUGCUUGGGUGGAAACGGUGGCAAUAAAUUUUCAUGAUGAGACAGGAGACAGUGUGGGACAGUUGGAUUUGCAUUCAGGUGAUGAUGCUGGCUCUGUCCAGUGGGCUGAUAUUGACCAAAAUCUCCAACUCUAUGCCACACACAGCCACUUCCUGAAGAGCGUCACUGAGCUGAGGGAUGCCCACUGGUAGUGAAGAACAGUGAUCAAGAUGGUCCAAGAGACAUUAACUCAAUGCGAAGUGUACAAAGAAUGAAUAAAAUGGAGGGGGUAGGCACAGGGUGGUAGCAGCUUGUGCUUAGUAGUGUGUGGUCAGCACACAAUGUUAUCCACAUUUAGAGAUUUUUGGCCACAGAGCACAGGUUUUGUUUCAAAAUCUCACAGGCUCAAUUUCCUAUCUGUUGAGAUCAGGAGCACUCAGUGCUAGUACAAUGAUGGCCUAGACCGUCCAUUAGCACUUGCUGCAUCAGCCUCAUUGAGAGUUACACAUAUUGGAUGUUGCUAAUCCCUAACUGAAUACCUCCUUAAGGUUCCUGUCAAACUUUUUUCAAGUAAUUUGCACAUUCUGGGUCAGAUUCUGUGUUACUAGAUUGGAAUAUCAUUUGUAAAGAAUAACCUUACAAUGUCGUCCACUCUAUUCCUUCGUCCCUUGCAUUCUGCCCCUCUUUCCUCUGUCACUUGUCCCCAUCCUCCGCCACUCCCCCAAUCAUCCUUGUCCUUUCACCCUCCUUUCUCUGAUUAGCUCCCUUUUAUUAUUCAUUGCUAAUCAUGUUUUGACGAAAAUGCAAAAAAGUUCUUAAACAAUUCAUUUCAUUGUCAAAGAAUAAACAUCAUCAAUUUCUGACUCAUUAUUAAAAGUAAAUGUUGAACUGUGAGUGAAAAAAAACAUCUAUUAAAAUAUCCUCUGUGUACUCAGGCUGCAGUGAUUUGAUUCCAUAUACUGCCUAAGUUUAAGUUGAGAGAAAUUUAACUUUGUUUUCCUAAAAUGCUAAUCCUUGGGCUCAUCUCUGAAACAGAACCUGCGAAAGAGGGGGAAAUUAUACAUAUUGGUUGUCAUUUGUAGCCCACUGGGCAACACUGUCACUGUCAAAUCAGCAUCUCAAGGCUUUGAGUAUCAUUCCAUGAAUUUGGCACAAAAGCUAGUGCUGAUAGAGUCCUGCUGUCAGUGCUAUUUUUCACAUUAAACAGAGGCCCUGUCUGUCCCCAGGUAUACGUGAAAUAUCCUCGAGCCUAGUA